CUUACAGUAACUACAUGUAAACACCACAAGCAGGGGGAGAAAAAUUUAUGUUCUGUGUAAUAAAUUUACUAAGUUUGUCCAGAGCUCCAAAAGCUUUGCUGGAGGAGGCGGGAUUUAUGACCUAUACUGCAGCCCGUCAACAGAGGGUGCUGUUCUCGGAGUGGCUUCACCCAGCGAGGAGGCAGACACUGGUCCGCCCACUUCCUGGUUGCCUCACUUCCGGUUUCUCCACCGCUGCACUGGUGCAGGUAAUGUAGCAUUAGCUGCCUGGGUUUUUAUGGCUGUUCAGUGAUGUUUUUACACGUUAUUUAUCAGUCGUUGGGGUUGUUUACAGCUCGGUGUGUGUCGGACACAGCGGGAAUCCCCGCUCCGAUGUGCUCGGCCACUGCAGCUGGGUGAGCAGGAAGCUCGCCUCUCCUCCUCUUUCCCACUCAGGUGAUUCUUGGCGUUAAUCGGUACGUACCGUUCAUAACAGCUUGAUUUUGUUCUUAUAUAUUUAACUUUAAAGGUGUUCUAUAGUAACACGGCUUAUUUUAUAUCCUUAUGGCAGAGACUGACUGGUUUCGGGUACGUGUGAUAUAGGGUGGCCACUUCCACAACACCUAAAAGCAGGACACUUGUGAGGAAAGAAAAAUCACAUUCACAACAUACAAAUCUUAUAUACUACCCGUGACUGACAAUGCAAUACAAAUUUGUACAUGAUAAAGACAGAAUCAUGAUACUCUGAUUCUGAAAAACAUUUUUAUCAUUAGACAGUUUAUCCAUGAUGUAUGUGUAAAAGAAGAGGAGAAAAACAUUCCUGAGAAGGUGAAAAGUAUCCGUUCACAGUAUUUAUUCGAUACAUUUGUCUUGCAGGAUAUGGUGCAGUGCCACAAAGCAGAACAUGUAUGGCAAGUGCAAAUUAAAUUAAUAUAAAAGACCGAAUUAAAUGCAAAGAAAAAUCACAUUUCACUUAAAUUUAAAAAAUGUUUUUUGUGCACAUGUAUUGCAAAGCGCAAUGGCACAAAGAAGAGUAUUUAUGGCCUUAAACGUGCAAAUUAAAUUGACAUAAAAAUAAUGAAUAAGUAAAUAAAGAUAAUAGUGAACAGCUACUGAACACUGAACAAUUUACUCUCUAUCUGCAAUACUUCUGGUCUUUUCUGGCUGCAUCCAAGAGUUUUUUUGUUUUCAAGGAGCCUCUUGUACAUGCUUGUGCAGGGAGAGGUGAAAUUGACACAAAUUUGAACCUCUGCCUUAACGCUGUCCACAUCCAGGCGAUUUCUCUCGUUUGUCCACGCAGAUGUCAUCAUUUCUGCUAAGUAGAUGAGAUGCUGACACAGCUAGCACAUGGGGAAAGGGGACAGCUUGUUUACAUUUUCAAUCAAUGAGUAAUCAGAUAUUUGAGUGACACCGCUUUAAGGCAAUCAUUUUUAACCAGUCAUACACCAUUGGAUAUGCUGCAUUGCGUUCAAGUGCAACUCCAAAAAGGAGGACAAGGAAUGUAAAUUCUGGACUGUCUUGCCUAAAUCUGGACGUGUGGCCACCCUGGCUGGGCAUCAGUAGUAAGCCUGUGCAGUAACUAUUGGCGUGUGUGUGUGCUGACAUUAUUCGGCCACUAUUCUUAAAGGAGUCAUAACUAUGGGAUCGACACCCUGUUAUUAUGAUUUUGAUUUGUUUAUCCCUCCUAUUCAAGUGACUUGCCCUGGUGGGAUCAUAUCAGUCACUAGGAUUAUGUCCCCUCUGUGAGUCAUUAUAGCUGACAAAAUUGUCGUGUAUAUUCCAAUUUUUGUGUAUAUUUGUUUAGUCUUAAGGUCCUUACACAUUGGGGCUAACGAAGACAGAACGCGAAAGUGCUAAAUAUCCAGAGGCAAAUUUUGAUUUACCUUACUAUACACAUCAAGCCCAAUGCGAUUUUGCGACUUUCCGGGGGGAAAAAGACACAUCCCGGGGAAGACUUUUCCCAUGAUCAAAUGAUCAGCUCGUUAUCAAGCUCUGUAAUGGCUUAAUAACGAGCUGAUCAUUUGAAUCAAGUGUGUUGGAGCAGGGAAACAUCCAAAACAUUCAGGACAGUGGGCCUUGAGGACCGGACUUGAGAACCACUGCACUAAAUAAUAAUCAAAAUUCAGACUGUAGAAAACUGAUGACAGCCAUGCGGCAGAUAGAAAUAUUUCACUGUUGUCCAAGCUUUUCUGACAAAAUCCAAAAUGAACCUCUUUAUUUCUUGUGUUCUAGUAGCGAUGAGUUGGUGUGGGCUGGAUGAGCAGAGUUUCCAUCUCUGCUGUCAGCUCCUCCUGCAGCAGUCGGAGCAGCUGAACGAUGGAUGGAGCUGGGAGGUUGUGCAGGUAAGGAGGUUUGUGCUGAUGCAAUGAUGAAACAGUGUGUGCAGUUCUGCUUGUACUCCUUGUAUGCGGUUAAUGGUAGAUUUUGACUUGGACUCAGGGUUCAGAUGAAGGCUACUUGAAGAAAACUGCUCUCAGGGUGGUCAACAUCAACCCGAGCAGAAAGUGGGACCUUGAGGGAUUAAACUCAGAAUCAGAAACACAGAGCUGUCAGGAUACAGAGCGGGACCAGGUGAGUGACUGAGAUGUAAAAGACUGCUCAUUCUGUAGCAUAUCUUUUUGACUCUGUACCUCUAAUGACCAAGUGUCUUCUGAAUGCAGGGUGGCUGCUGUUUUUAAGGGUCCUUUCUCCUUCACAGUCAGCUCCUGUUUCCACUGAUGAUGCUGAUGACUUUAAAGGCAACUUUGAUGAAGAAGUUGUUGAAGAUGACAGUGUCUGUUCAGAGGCAGCAGGCAGCAGCCUGGUGCUACAAUAUGAAUAUCACAUCCUGUUCUCCUGCAGCUACAGUGUUCCUGUGCUUUAUUUCAGAGCCUUCACUCUGGGUGAGUGAGAAGUCAGUCACCGCUUCUGCACACUCUUAAUGAUGUAAAUUUAGACAUAAGUUACAACUAGCUCUGCAGCCAACAAAUACAUAAAUAGCUUAAUGAUUAUUUAAAAAAUCGUUCAACUAAUCUGUAAGAGCCACAAUGUUGCUUUGCUGAUCGGUUAUCUGGUGUCAAUCUGAUUGAAAUCAAUUGGAUUAAGUGAAUCUGAUUCCAUAUGUAUACAUGAACUUUAAGUAAAGAGAUCCACGUUCAGUCCGCGUUUUCAUGGCCCCAGCUGAAUCCAGUUGUAUUGUAGUGUAUCAAUGGGAAUUGUUAAUACGAACCAUUGUUUUAGUUCCGUUUUAGAGUUGCGCACGGACGUGUUUGUGUGUGACACCGCCAGAGUUACCAGACCGAGCAGAGUAAGGAACCCUAUGUGUUGAAGUUUAAUAAAAGUAGAAUCCAGCGGGGUUACACAACAAGAUGUGUACGCUUCGUCAGUCGCGCGAAACAACACACUUUAACACUCCACCGUCCAGUUUUUCUGUUUGUUCGCCAUGUUUGUUUUCGUUUGGGCACGCUCUGCGUACGUCACUACAUGCCUCUUUCGUGCUACCGAGCGCCUGCGCAGACCGAACAAGCCUCUCCGUAAACCCAGUCCGCUCCACUCAGCCAUAUAUAUGGAGCAUGGAGCGGAUUAUCAAUCGGUGUAGACUACCUCUUUCAAUCCGACCCGAAAUACAAUCAGAUCCGGGUGAAUCAGAUUGGCUAAGGUGUUUAUGUGAGACAUUUUUAAUCUGAUUGACCUUUCAAUCUGAUUGUAAAUAGGAUUUUUGGACCCAUGUAAACAGGGCCAAUGAGAAACAUGAUCCUGUACAAACUUUUUACAAACAUGUUUUUGAUGUCAUUUUUAAGAUGAGCAGAGAUUUUUUAUAAAAACAUUUCCUGGUUUUGAUAUUUGGUAUGUUGUCUGUGCACUAUUUUCAGUUACAUAAACUGCAGGUUUAAAAUAAUUUGCAAAAUAUCAAAUUCAAUUAUUUGUUUAUGGCAACUGAGGUCAUCUGCCAAGGAUCUGCCAAUGAGAGGAUUAAGGGUUCAGACUUUUAAUAGUAUGUUUUUUUGUCACCAUGUCAGAGGGGCGGAGCCUGUCUUUAGAGGAGGUGUGGAGUUCUGUUCAUCCAAACUUUAGACUUCGUCUUCAGAGCAGUCCUCUGAACACCAUCACUCUGCAGGUAUGAACAUCAGCCUUGAUCCAUCAGGACUAUCAUCUUCCCUCCUGAAUCCUCCCUGAGGCCUUACUUUCUUUGUCCCCCCCUUCUCUCUCUCUCUCUCUGUAUAUCAGGAGCACCCCCUACUGGGCCAGCCUUUCUUCAUGCUCCACCCGUGCAGAACAGAGGAGUUUAUGCGGCCUGUGCUGCAGGAGGCUCAGCACCGACACAGGUAGAGUCUCUGGCCUAUAAAGACCUCAUCCAGUACUGUCAGCUCUCUGCCACAGGCACAAAACGCAGCAGAUUUUUGUGUGUUUAUGUGUGUCUUUUUCCAACAGGCCUGUGAACUUUGUGCUCACGUGGCUCAGCGUGGUGGGUCCUGUGGUGGGCCUUGAGGUCCCUCUAAAGUACUGCACCCUGCUCCGUCCUGCAGCCUCACCAGACUGAAGCUCCACCUCCUGUUUCCCUCUCUGUUAGCACUCAGAGGUUUUAAUGUUUCAGAAACCCGAUAAAAGUAACGCUGCCCAAUGAAAGUGAGCGACUCAGUGGAGAGGACCCGAUCAGGACUUGUGAUGCGUCACUCAGAUCUUUGCUCUGUAGAUUUUUGACUGUGUCACUGCAGCCAAGCAGGGAAAUGUUAGGAUGUAAACUUUCAAACUGAGUCUGAAUGUGAGCCUUCAGUGUUUUUAUUACCUGGAGGACAAUCCGAGGUGUCCCCCUGAAGUAGACCAGUAAAAACACCUGAGAGCAGAAAGUAUGAACUAUCUUUCUAACAACAGUCAGGUGCUCAGGUUAGGAUUUAGUUUAUGUUUACUUAAAAAAAAGGUAUAAAUAUAAAUUGAAAAUAUGUUGUUUUUAAUAUUGUACCUUUUGUUUGGUGUCGAAACAGUUCCAGUGCUUUAUUACUGUUGUAAAAACUGUUGAGAUGCCUUAACCCCCAAAGUUAACAUAGGUUCAGUGCCUUCAAUCCAAACAGCAUGGGAAGCAUUUAAAGCAACAUGUAGAGGUUGGAUAAUUAAGUAUGCCACAGCCAAAAAGAAAGGAAGGGAGACUAAGAAAAAGAGUUUAAUGUUAGAGCUCAAGACAUUAGAAUAACAGCACAUGCAGUCCCCUAAUGAUGUAAGACUAAGAAAUGCUGUGAUGAUUUGUAAGGCAGAGCUGCAAUCAAUUAUACACGAGGAAACAGCAUUUGCACUGUUUAAGCUGCGCCGCAAAUAUUUUGAAUGUGGUGAUAAAGCAGGUAAGAUGUUAGCCUUAAGGUUAAAACAGCAGCAGAGUCUUCAAUCAAUAUCCAUAUGUGAUAUUACGGGUACAGUUAUUGUUAAACAAACACAAAUUAACACAGCUUUCAGAGUUUUUUUCCUUCAAUCUUUAUCAGACAGAAGGUUAUAUUAAUGAAAAUGAGUUAGAAACAUACUUUAAGGACAUCUCCUUACCAACCUUAAAAGAAGAGGAUAGAGAGAGUUUAGAGACACCUGUUAGAGAGUCUGUUAGGAUGAGUUUCUUUAGCCAGUCAUGUCAGCCUUUAGAGUGGUGGAGCUGUGUCACUCAAAUACCUCAGAUACUUCAGUGUUAGAUUGCUGGAGCCAUGGGCCUCCGACAACCAUCCUCAACCAAAGAACCUUGUACCCAUAUUUUACAUCACACAGGUCCCCAAAAUACGUUCUGUCAUGGUAUUUCCUUCUAUGGACCCUCCAUAUGUUCACCUAAAGCUCCUUAAAAUAUGUUGUGCUUUGUUAUUACCUUUAUAUGAACUCUCCUGUAGGUCAACAAGAUGCAAGCAGAAUGGUUGGAAACGUGGAGGACUAUAUAUACUUGAGCAGUCUCAGACCACACUUAGUUACUCUUCUGGUACGCCUCAGUUACGCUUCUGUUAUGCUUCUGUUACACUUUGCUACACUUGCGACAUGAUGAAGCUGUAACCCAGAUCUGUAACCAGUAAAGCUUGUCAAAAUGAUC